GACGAACUAAACUUUCGUUUCUGUAUAGUCUGUAGAAGUAGACUCGUCGUAAAAAAAUAAGCAUUAAGAAAGAGUCCGGACGCCAGGCUGGAGUCAGUGAUAGUAAGAGUCUACGGAAUAUGAAGCUGAACACACAGUGGUUUUACGGACUUAGUGCUGUUGUGGUGUUAGUCAUUGUAAAGGAUGCCCAUGCAGACUUCAAGGCUGACUGUCUCAACAAACACAAUGCUUUGAGAAUGCUGCACCAAGGUACCCCAUCGAUAACGUACAGUGAUACAAUUGCACUGUCGGCGCAGGCAGUCGCUGAUGACCUUGCCGCUAGGGAUGCCUUUGAGCAUUCGAACUUACCUGGCUUGGGAGAGAAUCUCUAUAAGGGGAGCAAAACUGGAUCAGCUUUCACCGGUGACUACUGCGAUGAUGCAACCCAGGCCUGGUAUAAUGAAAUCAGUGAUUAUGACUAUAACAAUCCAGGUUUCUCUUUGGCCACUGGACAUUUUACACAAGUUGUAUGGGUUGGUUCUCUAGAAGUUGGAUGUGGGGAGGCCAAGUACCAGUCCGAUGAUGGUUGGUACCACACUGUCGUGGUAUGCCAGUACAAAGAACCAGGAAAUUCCCAAGGGGAAUUUGCAUCAAAUGUUCUUCCUUUAACACCAAUUAGUAGUACUGUUCUAUGUCGAGAUAUUUGUAAUUCAAUCGUUGUCCAUGGUACUAAUAUUCCGGAAACAAGUCCAUUGGACAUAACCGGCAGAUACGACGUAACUACCCAAGAAAUCCGCUCAAGUUCAGUAUAUAAGAAAGUCUUUCAGAACGGAGACGAACUAUUUCUGUACUACUUUGAUAUUCUUCGUGAACCAAAUAAACGCAACCUUAGAUGGGUCAUCGAUCCUGUCAUACAUCCGAGGGUAGCUACUAACUAUUUUGAAAACUUCCAAGCCUAUACUGACUAUAGUGAUUUGUGUCCGCAGAAGAUCAAUGACGCCACGGCACUUGAAAAUUGGUAUCUCAAAACUAACACAGGAUACAUUGAAUCUGGAAAUGUAAAAAUAGACUGCUUUCCAGUUGACGGAGCUUGGGGUGUUUGGUCAGAUUUUACGGAGUGUUCUGCUACGUGUCAAGGUGGAACGAAAAGUAGGGCCAGAGAUUGCAACAAUCCAACCCCGAUUGGUGGCGCACCAUGUCUUGGCCUUGAUGGAACGACACGGCUUUUGAGAGAAGUGCAAAUUAUAUCCUGUAAUAACUUUGAAUGUGACCCAGAUGUAUUAGAGAAUGCUUGUUCAGCAGUCCUAGUAUAUGGCAUUACAGAUGUUGCAGCGACAUAUAUCAAUGGCAUAUAUAGUCGAGGCAGCGACAUCAACAACAGCCCGUCCUAUCUACGUGAUAGUGGUCCACCAAAUCUAAAGUUGUUCUAUAAUAAUGUUUCGCCCGAUGAAAGAUGGAUCAUACAGGAUAGUGAUACAAAUCAGAUUGUUGCCAAGACAUCGGCUCCUGACGUAUUACCUAACAGUAUCAUGGGCCAAUCAGAUUGGUUCAUCCAAACCGGGGUACAAACGAAUGAUGGAUUUGUAAAGAGUGACGUUAAUAUCGGUUGUGAGGUUGACGGUGGCUGGGGUGCUUUAUCGAACUACGGCACAUGUUCUAAAUCAUGUGGUGGCGGAACCAAAACUGCCACCAAGGAAUGCAAUAACCCUAUACCAUUCGGGGGCGGGCAGGAAUGUCUUUUACCCGGUGGGACUAGUGGAACCAGUUUCACGGAAACAGCAGAAUGUAAUACAGAGGCCUGUCCUGUGGAUGGAAUGUGGAGCGGCUGGUCAGAUUAUGGCGAGUGCAGUGAAAUAUGCGGUGGUGGUAUCAAGACACGAACCAGAACUUGCAAUAACCCUCCUCCGUCUGGGAAUGGAUUACUCUGCGAAGGAUUCGAUGGGGUCAGAAAACUAACUGAAGACGAUACCUUGGAGUGUAACACAGAGGAAUGUAGUGUUGUCCCUGCAGGUGAUCCCGUAGUCGCUGUCAGAGGGGCGUGCACCAGUGAUGCCGACUGUUCACACGAACCCUUCAAGAAAACGUGCCGCGUCCAACCUAAUAGCGCUGGAAUUAGAGUGUGUGGGGAUCCUCACAUUAGACAGACCAUAAAGAACUCAGAUAGACCACUCUGUUACGAUUUCGUUGGCCAGCCUGGCAAGACGUACCUUUUUAUAAAAGAUAAAGAUUUUGAGAUAACCUCACGGUUUAUUGACAGCAAUACCAUAGACGACGCCGGCAAACUUGUCGAAUACAUCAGUUCAGUAAAAAUAAAGAAAGGACCAGUUGCCAUGACAUUUGACCCUAACACAAUCAACAUCGCAUUGGACGGAAAACCUAUAGAGAAGACAAAAUGGACCAUGGGAAAGAAGGAGUUACCUGGUGGUAUCUGGAUGACCAUCGAUAAAAAGAAAGCGAACGUGUUUUUAGAUGAUGGGAACACUACAGUUAAUAUUAUUAGAAAGGGAGCGUCACGAGGCAGUCCUUUUCUGAAUUUUGGAUUGUCUGAAAAGGUCAUUUCCACAGAGGCGAAUGGAAUUUUGGGGGACUUGCGUAAUAAAGUAGUCUAUACCCCAGGAGCAUAUGGAAAGAAUGGCACUAUUCGUUGGGCCGGUGUCUCCUUCCCCGUGCACGAUGAUGGAACGACCUGUCUUAAACUGGAUCCUUUCUAUGAACUGAAGUUCAACAUCCUGCUUCAAAUCUUCCAAGUUGACUAAAUGAUUAGAUUGAUUUGUUUGAAGUGUUGGAAAUUAGUCUUGCAUCAAAUUUCCUCCGAUUCUAUUCAUUUUUGUUGAAAAUCAAAAUGACCUGAUCACCAGGCUUCAGGUUUUUCUACUUUUUAAGGCAAGAUUCCUCAAAUUAUAAAAAGACAGGAAAAUGGUUCUAUACAUGUGCUAUAGGUCACCGCACAUUUAAUUUGCCAUAUUCGGUUCAGUGCAAUUACAAACACUCUUCCUUCUCCAAGUCACUGAUGGUAUAAAUAUUACGACAACAAAGUAACAUCACUAUGAUACAAGACUACUAACCAGGGCUGCAGAUGGACAAUAUUUUCAAUAUUUUCAAUAGACAAUGGAUACAAAUCAAGCAUCUAACAAGAACAGAUUAUCUGUCAUUUUUGGCUCAACCUGUAGAUCUAUGAAUUUGGCAAAAUAAAUUUUAAUUGGCAUUCCGUUUUA